CACAUGGUCACAUGGUGUCAGAGUGACACACCUGUGCAGAGCCCGCUGGGGCCUUGCAGUUGCGCCACAGGUGCUUAGAGCUGAAGGUCCAAGCCGAGGCAGGAUCGUAUAGGGACGCAGCCUCGGCUCCUUUCUCAACCAUGAACCGGGAAGACCCUUUCUAUCCCUCUCAGGUGUUUAAAGAGUCCUGCUCUUACCAGAGAUCCCCGGGUGAUGACUACAACCCGCCACCCUGCCUCUACAUGAGCAGGCAGGUGCACUCCGUCUACACGCCGCCGUCUCUGGGCACCCUGGAGCAGGCCAUGCUUCCGGACAUCUCUCCGGCCGUUUUUACCAUGCCUGGUAUGCGGGAGGAUCCGGGCGGGCCACCGCUCCACCACCCGCAGGGGCUCCAGCAGCAGCAGCAGCAGCAGCCUGCGCUCCAGCCUCCAGGUUAUAUGGAAGCAGGAGAGCAGAACAGAUAUCACCUCCCUUUUCCCUGGAUGAAGACAACCAAAUCCCACUCCCAUACCUGGAAGGGUCAGUGGACAGGGUCCUACGUAAUGACCGAGGCAGAGGAGAACAAGCGCACGCGCACCGCGUACACGCGCGCCCAGCUGCUGGAGCUGGAGAAGGAGUUCCUCUUCAACCGCUACAUCUCCAGGCCCCGGCGCGUGGAGCUGGCCCUUACCCUCAGCCUCACCGAGCGCCACAUUAAGAUCUGGUUCCAGAACCGGCGCAUGAAAUGGAAGAAAGAGGAGGACCGGAGGAGGGCCAGGGGGUCCGAACCAGACCAGGACUCCUCCAUCACCUCUGGGGAUCAGGGGGAGACAGCGGGGGGAGGGGUGUCCUCCACAAACGGACCUCACACUAACACACCUCCUGUUUCCCCUCUGCGCGGCCACACGCUCCCCGCGACAGGAUCCAGAGAACCAGCAUAGGCCAGCCUGUAAUUGUACUUUAUAAGAAAACAUAUUUUUUUAUAUUGAGAAGAUUUAACUCACUUGUUCUGCAGCAAUUUAAGAGAUCCAUGAAAACUCUCACUGACAAUUUCUCUCUCUCUCUCUCUCUUCUUUUUUUUUUUUUUUAAAUCUGGGCAAUAUGGCGCACUGCCCAGGGCACCAUCCAUUCAAGGAGUGGUAAAGGAACUCAAGAAAAAAAAAUCUAUCUAUCUAUCUAUCUAUCUAUCUAUCUAUCUAUCUAUCUAUCUAUCUAUCUAUCUAUCUAUCUAUCCAGAGUUCAUAUUUUUCAGUUUGUUUUAUAUUUCCUUAUCCAUGAUCAGUUUAAGGUUACAUUUCAGACAAAAAACAAAGACACGCUAUUUUUUUUGGAAUGUGUAUAUUUCAUAUAUGUGCAUCCAUUGUAUGUGUAAGUUUAAAUCAUGGUCACCUGCUUUUACUGAUCAGUUUUUAACAGUUCAUAUUAUGCAUUUGAAAUAAUAAAAAUAUAAAUGUAAUAUAUUGAAAUAUUGAAGCCCUCGGUCAUAUAGGCAGCCUCAUUGCCUAGUUUCAUAACUUCGGUGCUUCAGAGAGCACUAGAGCUUGCAGACGCAGGCGGCAGAUCUUCUUCACCUCAGCGAUGCCGCGCGCUAUCUCCGCCGCGCGCUCGUUCUGAAGGCGCUGGGAGAGCUCGCGCAAGAUACGCGCCUUGUCAUUCAUCCGAGCGCAGAUGACAAACGGGAAGCCGAAGCGCUCUUUGUACUUCUCGUUGAGUCGCGCCAUCCGCGAUGCCUCCGCCGGGCUCAGCUCUCCCAUCCCGGCUCGGGCUUGUUCCUCUUGGGACUCCCGGGUCAGCGCACCGCUGUGGAGGUCCCUGCCUGCGAGAUCUGGGUGACACCUGAGGAUCCCUUCUUUACCUGGACACACAUAGACUGAUGAUUUCUUACCGGAUGCAAUAUUUAGAUAUCUAAGAUACAUGAAGCCAAAUCAUUCAAGCUCACCCGACUCUGGUAAAGCAUCGAUGAAGUCAUUAAUUUCAGCUUUUAAAGCAUUUAUGCUCAUAAAGGGAUGGCUGGUCCACACAGCGGCUGUUAUUAGAGGGCAUUUUUCCACCACAUUUCCGAAAAUAUUCACGAAUUCCUCAUAAGAAAGAGCAUUUACAGCUGAAAUGUCCAUGGUUUUGUGAGAACAGUUUUUGCACUGUUUUUUUGUUUUUAUGACCUUCGGACACUUAUCAGGUUAACGCAAUGCUGGACAUUCACCUCUCAAACAUCGGAUAUCUGGCGACACCUAGCGGUCAAUAGGAGAGAGGGCUACAGUGUCAACAUGCAGACUUAAGUCAUUUCCUUCAAGAAUUAUAGCUCUGAUCUUUUCAUAAAAACGCAUGGAUUUCAAACAUUGUUAGGUUAUAUUUAAGAUUUAUCUACAUUUUAUCUUACUCUUAACUAUGGAUAAUGUAUGUAAUCAAUUCAUCUUCUGAGGAAGAUU